AUGAAAAAUUUAAAAAUAAUAAUAUAUUUGACAAUUAAAUUUUUGCUAUUAUUAGUUUUAUUUUGUCAAAAAUUUUCAAGUUGUCAAGAUGCAUUAAAUAAUAGCAGAACUAACUAUGGAUUAAAUGAUGAUGAACUUAGAGCAAUGAUCCUUGGGCUUAAUUAUAACCCAUCUAACUUAAAUAAAAAUAGUGUAGUAGACAAAGAAAAUACAGAAAAUGAAUCUUUUUUAUUGCGUAAUUUUAUUAAUGAAGAUAUAUUUGGAAGUAAGAAAAAUGAAAAAGAUGAAAUAGAAAUUGAAGACAAAAAAAGUAAAAAAAGACAUUUUGAUACAUCACGCGUAAAUACAUCCAACAAAAACGCUUCAUUGAUUAAAAAUGAAAAAAAGAAUACCAGUCUUGAAUUAAAAAAUUAUCAAUCCUCUCAUAAUGCCAUUGAAAGUAACAAACUAAAUGAAGAUAAUCAAUAUGGUGAUAAUGAAGAAAAUGAAGAUAAUAAUGUUUUUAGUGAUAGCUACAAUUUGGAUAAUACAAAUGCCUUUAUCAAUAAAAAUAAUUUAAAUAAGUUAAAUUAUUCAAGUAAUAACAAAAAUAGUGAUUUAUUUAAUAUAAAUGAACCAAAUGAGACAAAUAAAUCAAAUAAUACAGAAUUAAAUGACUUGGAUUUAUAUCAUUCAAACGAAUUUAAUAAGAUAAAGGGAAAAAAUAGGAUUAGUGAUUUAACUAAUUUAAGAAAAGAAAUUGAUAUAAAUAACACAAAAGUUGCGAAAGAGAUAAAUAAUGCAAGUGACGUAAACAGUUCAAAUGAAACAAAUGACAUAAAUGAUACAAAUAACAUACAAAAUAUAAAUAAUUUAAGAAAAGACAAUAGAGUGAAUAAAUUAGAGAAUUUAACUAAUAAUAAUGAAAACUUAAAAAAUAUAAGCAAUUCAAAUAAUGAGAAUCAAAACAUUUUAAAAGAAGAUAAUGAAAAUAAUUUUAAAAAUAAACAUAUUUUUAAUGAUGUAAAUACCAUAAAUAGUAACCAUUUAAAUAAUAAUAAUAUUAAUAAUAUAAAUGAUGUUAGAACAUUAAAUAGAAAUAAUUCAAGUAAUAAUGAUAAGGAAACAAAUAACAUAGAUAACAUACAUAAAGUAAAUAAUAAAAUAAUAAACAUUAAUGACAAUGCUAAUAAUGUAAAUAGAACAAAUAAUUUAAAUAAUAAUAAUACAGACGACAUAAAUGAUAUAAAUAAUAAAUUAAAUUAUAAUAGAGAAAAAAACAGUAUAAAUAAUGUAUAUUAUAGCGAUUUAAAUAAUAAUAAUGGUGAAAACGAUAUAAUCGUUUUGAAUAAUAACAUCAAUGAAAAAAAUAGUAAAAAUAUCAAUAAUUUAGAUAAUAAUAAUGUAAACUAUAAGAAUAAUAGCGUAGUAAAUAAUAAUAGCACAUAUGACAAAAACGUAAAUUAUUAUAGGAGUAAUAUAAAUAACACAAAUAACAUAAAUAAUAGAAAUUUAAGUGGCAAUGCAAGCGAUAUAUUUGGAGUAAAUAACAAUUUAAAUUAUAUUAACAAUGGUGUAAAUAAUACAAAAAACAAAAUUUUGAGUGACAAUAACAUAAAUGAUCACAAUAACUCUAAUGUGUUUAAUUUAAAUAAUAAUAAUGAAAACUACCUAGGUAACAUAAAAGCCAACGAAUUAAAUUAUAGAAAUGAUGUAAAUGAUGAUUUAAAAAAUAAUAAGGAUGAAAAUGAAAUGAAAAAAUUUAAUUUAGAUAAUAACAGUGGAAAAUUUACACGUAACAUAAAUAUUAACGAGCUAGAUUAUAACGAUCGCGGAAAUAAUGUAAAAGGAAUACAUAACAUAUAUGAUAGUAAAAUGAAUUAUGUAAAUGGAGAAAAUAAAAUUAAUUUAGAUAAUAAUAAAGAAAAUUACACAAAUAAUGUGAAUGACAACAAUUUAAAUUAUAGCAAUGGUGUAAGUGAUAUAAAUAAAAUAAAUGAUUUAAGUAAUAAAAAUAUAAAUGAUGCAACUGGAUUAAAUAAAAUUAAUUUAACUAAUUAUAAUGUAAAUGAUACUGCUACGAAUAGAAACAAUUUAAAUAAAUAUAGUAAAAGUAACCUUAAUGAUGUCGAUGUAAGCAAUAAUAAUGUUAAUGUUCAACAUGGAGGUUUAUUACUUAAUGAUUCUAAAAAAGUAAAUAACUACUUAGAAAAAUUAGAUGAUACAAAUUUAGAAAGAUCUGAAUUAUUACAAAAGGUUAGGAACAUUAAAAAUAAUGAAUCCCUUAAAGUUAAUAAAUUAAAAAAUGAAGAAUUGAACAAUGAAGUAAAUGAAGAAUCAAGUAAAAAUAUUAAUAAAACUAUGGAAUCAGAAGUGCUUAAAGAUCCCAGAAAAGCGAAAUUAGAAAAUAACUAUGCAUUCACUUCCGAAAAUGGCAAAGAAUAUAAUACAGAAGAUUCUUAUAAGAAAAUAAAUAAUUCAGGAGAAUCACAUAAUAAUAAAUAUACUUUACACUUGAAAAAUAACGAAAAAGAUGACUUAAAAGAAGAAGACGUAGAUAAAUAUCUGGAAAAAAAUAAUAAUAUAAAUAAUACUUUACCUAAAAGUUUAAAUUUUUAUAAAAUAGGUGAAUCAGAUGAAAAACUAGUACCAUUUAAAAGGGAGAAUCAAAAAACAGAUUUUCGUUUUUCAGGACAAAACAGUUUUAAGAACGUAUCAGAUAAUGAUGAGGAAAAUCAUAUAAAAUAUUCAAUAGAAGAUUCAAACGGAGAGUUUAAUGAUUCUAAAAGAGAUAUACUAAAAAAAAUAAACCCUGUAAAAUUUGGAGAAGACAUAAGUAAUAAAUUGUACGAUACUUCUGGAGAAGAAGAAAAUGAAACCUUAAAUAAUAUAGAACAAAAUUGGGACAAUUUAUUUAGUGAAAAAAUAACUUUAAAAAAAGGUGAAAAUGAUAAAAAUCAGUACGAAUAUUUUAAAUUGAAAAAUAAUGAAUUUAAAGUUUUAGGAAUAAUUAAUAAAUAUUCUCCCAAAGGAGGUUUUUCUAUAUCUAUUGAUUGCGGAGGAUAUGAUGAUUUCGAUGAAAUUCCAGGAAUUUCUCAUCUAUUACAGCACGUAAUUUUUUAUAGAUCUCAAAAAAGAAGUACAACAUUGUUAAGUGAAUUAGGAAGGUAUUCAUCAGAACAUAAUUGUAGUACUAAUGAAUCAUUUACUAAUUACUUUGCUACUGCUAAUUCUGAGGACAUUUAUCAUUUAUUGAAAUUAUUUGCAGAUAAUUUAUUUUAUCCUGUGUUUGAUGAAGAAUACAUAGAAAAUGAAGUGAGAGAAAUCAAUAAUGAAUAUGUUUCAAUGGAGAAUAAUCCUGAGAGUUGCCUAAAAAUUGUUAGCGAAUAUAUCACAGACUUUAAAUAUUCUAAAUUUUUUGUUUAUGGAAAUUACAUUACAUUGUGCAAGAAUGUUUUAAGAAAUGGAUUAAACAUAAAAAAAACCUUAUAUGAAUUUCAUAGAAAAUGUUAUCAACCUAAAAAUAUGUCACUAUCAGUAUUAUUAGGGAGAAAAAUAGGUUCAGACAAUCAUUAUAACAUGAGAGACAUUGAAAAUAUGGUUGUACAAAUUUUUGAGAAAAUAAAAAAUUAUGAUUAUUCAAAAGAGAAGAAUAUUGUUGGAAAAGGAAAUCAUCAUAUAGAAUUUGGAGACAAAAACUUUAAUAGACGAAAAAAUCAUUAUAACACAAAUCUCGCUUAUAAUGACAUAAAUAAUAAUUUCAUAAGAUAUGAUGGUAAUGAAAAUGGUACUUUCAUUGAGUUUAUUAACAAAUCCAAUUAUAUGCUAGAUUUAAACCAAAAAAGCAGAUAUAUUGAAAUUCUAAAGAAAGAAGGAUGGGCAGAUCAAAUUUAUUUGUAUUGGAGCUCUAAAAUUAAUAUUGAUCUUUAUAAAAAAAUUGAAGAAUUUGGAUCAAUAAAAUUUUUACAAGAAAUUUUUUCUGAUUAUAAAAAAGAUGGAUUGUAUUAUAAAUUGAUCAUAGAAAAUAAAUACGCAUAUGACUUAAAAAUUAUUAGUACAUAUAAUAAGUAUUAUUUGAAUUAUGGAACACUAAUAAAAUUGACAAAGAAAGGAAAAAGUAACUUAGUUCAUUUAUUACAUAUAUACAAUAUAUUUAUUAAAGAAAUUACUAAAUUAUUUGAUCAUGAUAGCUUAGAUAAGGGGUUGAAUAAGUAUAUACUUGAUUAUUAUAGAGAAAAGGCUUUAGUAACUGAUCUUAAUUUUAACAACAAUGAUAUAAAUAUUGGUCUUAAUGAUUUGAUAAAUUACUCCAAUAAAUUAUUAACUUAUUCAGAUGAUCCAUCUUUAUUUUUAAUUAUUGAUAAGAUAAUUGAAGAUAAGGACAAAAAUGAUUUCCGAAAUCAUAUUAAAAUUACGAGUUUAAUUGGUUCUCUAAUGAAGAAUGAAAAUUUAAAUAUAAUAAAUGUUGUAGAUACAUUUACCAUUACAAAUAUAAAUAAAAUUCCUUAUACUACCAUAACAUAUGCUAUAGGGGAAAAUCCAUAUCUUAUUGACGAGAAGGAAAUUAUAAACGAUAUAAAUCUUAAACUUCCAGAAAUAAAAGUUUGCCCUUCUAGUAAUUAUGGAAAUAAUACUUUUUACGAAAAAUAUUUUUUUUGUGUUCCAUUUAGUAAUAAAGAAAAUUUUGAAUACUCAGAAAAUCAGCAAAUGUUCGUGUCUCAAGAGAAUGAAAAUAUACUUAGAUCAAACAUUUUAUAUAAUACACCUUGUUUGAUUAAAUCUUCAUAUGGAUAUAAUGUUUAUUUUAAAAAAGGUUUAACAAAUAUUUUAAAAGUAAAGACAGACAUCACUUUUUAUUUUCCUUCUAAAAACUUUACAUUUUAUGAAGCUAUUUUCACUCGAAUACACACUAUAAUUUUAAAAAAAAAGAUAAAAAUGUUUCUUUCCGAUUAUAUUAACUGUUCAGUAAAUAUUAAUAUAAGAUAUGGUACAGGAUCAUAUAGUAUACACAUAGAAACCAAUAGCUAUUUUUUCGAAGAAUUAUUUCGCAAGUUAGAAGAGAUUAUGUCUGCAAAAGAAAUUCCCUCAAACGAUGAAUUUAAUGAAGCUUAUAAUGAAUUAAACAUAAUGGUGCAAACAAGUACAAAAUUUGGAAUAAAAAAUUCCUUAAAAAUCAUGCAUUCUUUAUUUAACAAAUAUGUUCCGACUGAUAAAGAGAUUUAUGAUAUUUUAAAUUCUUUCUUUUUUUAUCCUUCAUAUAAUGCAUAUGUACGAUAUAUACAUAGCUUCCUUCAUAGAAACUAUAUUAGCAUUUUCAUAUACGGAAAUCUCAUAAUGCCAAACGUAAAAAAUGAUGAAAAUUCUUUUAAUAAUAAUAAAAUUAAUGUUGAUGAUAACAGUAAUGAUUAUAAAAGCGUUAAUAAUACUAUUUCUGAUAAUAAUAAUAAUACAAUUAGUGAUAUAAAUGAUAAUAAUAAUAUUAAUAGUAGUAUAAUUGAAAAUAGUAAAAAUAAUAAUAAUAAUGAUAACAAUAUUGAUAAUAAUUAUACCAAUGACAAAGAUAAUAAUAAUGUCAAUACAAAUUUAUAUAGCAUUGAUAAUAGUGAGUAUAAAAUGAAUGAAAAUGUUUAUAACAAGUUAGAUAAUAAAAAUAAUUUUUCAUAUUUAAAAAAGAAGCAGGAAAUAUCCGAAACACGGGAAAACUUUGAAAAAAAAAAUUAUGAGUCAGACUCACUUCAAAUAUCAUUUAAUGCAUCAGGAAUAGAAUAUAUAGUAAAUUUAUGUGAGUCCUUUAUAAGAAAAGUAACAAAUAGUGUUAUAAAAAGAAGUGAAUCUACAUAUUAUACGAGGAAACUAAUUAAUGAUGAGGAUAUUGAAAUAAAUAUCCAAAAUAUUGGUCAUAAUACUAGUAAUUCAAUAGCAGUAUCAUAUAUGAUUGAAUCAGAAACUAUAUUAAGUGAUGUCUUAAUUAAUAUUAUCGCUGAUUUAAUUUCGUCAGAUUUUAUUAAAUUUAUUAAAUUAAGAUAUAAUGAUGGUUAUAUUGUUAAUGUAAAAACCUUUUUUACACCUUACGGAUUGGGUGGAUUACUUUUUGUUAUUGAGAGUUUCGAUAAAAAUGUUGAAAAACUUCAAGCAGACAUAUGUACUUUUGUUAAAUACUUAACAUUUCAAUUACUAAAUAUAGAAAUUUCUGAUCUGAUAAAGAAGUUGGAAAUUAUGAAAGAAUCCUACAUAAUAAAUAACACUAUAUUCACAUUUAAUCAAGAGUAUUCAUCUAUUCUGGAUCAAUUAACCUUUGGAAAUGAAUGUUUUGACAAAAAAGAUAAAAUUAUAAAAAUAUUUGAUGAGCUAAUUAAUUGCCCUAAGAUAAUUUUAAAUAAAAUAAACUAUAUUUUAAAGAGUUCCAAAAAAGUCAUUUUUAAGGAAUAUAAAGCUUUUAAUGAGUCAAAUAAUAAAAAGGAGAUCAGUGAUAAUGAUAAUAUAAAUGAAAAAUGUAAUUACUACUAUGUGAAAGAUAUAAAAAUGUCUAAUGUACAAUUAACAGAUAAUUCAAAUUUAAAUAAAACAAAGAAAUUAUAUGAGAAUAAAAAUUUUUUAAAUUAUGACUUACUCGAAAUGGAUGAAUUAUACAAAAAGGAAAAUUUUAUUAAUUUUUCAAAUCUUCAGAUAGGAGAAAAGGGAUUUUUUCAAUAUAUUGCUGAUUAUUUUAAAAGUGGUAACAAAAAGAAUUUGAAGGAUAGUAAUUAUUUGGAUUUUAAAAGCUGUGAUGAAGAAAUGUCUUCAGAUAAUAUCCAUGUAUUUCAAAAUUUUACAGACAAUAUAAAAGAAAUAAGAGAAUUUUUUCUACUAAAAUUUACAACAGAUAAACAAAUUAAAGAAAAGUGUUCUGUAAAUUAUGAAGAAAUUAGGCAGUAUUGUUAUGUACACAAUAUUGAUUAUAAUGAGAGUGUUUUAAAAUAA